UAUAGAACAUGAGUGGGUGGAUGGUAGAAGAAAAAAAAAACUGAUGGGGGAAAUUUACGUGUGUGUGCGUGUGUGUGAGUGUGUGUGUGUGUGAGUGAUGUACGCAGGAUCUGACUCCUCCUUGAGCAUGUUAUUAUACAGACCCACUGAUAUAUAAAAGCAACAGCUGUAGUUUUGUGGAUUGGUCUAAGGAGAAAAACACAGUCUAUAAAGCACCUGUCUCUGAAGGGCAAACAUCCUAACAUACAGAUUAUUUAAUAGAAGAGUGUUCCAUACAGUACUUCUCCGGAAUGCUACCCUUGGCUGGUCCUGCGUCUCGGUCUGUGCGGACUCAGCAAAAUCAGCCGCGCUUCUUUCGCCUGUGCUGGCUGUCGGUGGUGAUUGUGGCGUUUCUCAUCCUGUCAACAAGCGCCACAUGUGUGGAAUGCACCACGGUCGAGCAAGAUCUGCGCAUCGUUCACAAUGUUGACAACAGAAGCCCUGAGAUCGAUCCGUUCUGGUAUGUGGGUCGCGGUGUGAGACCCAUCGGCCGCUUCGGGAAGCGCGAGAGUGGUGCACCAUUACAGCAUGCACUUCUACUACUCCUGCACAGUGCACUCAGAAACACUGAGAGCGUGCGCAGCGGAGCUUCUUCUCCAAACACGGACUAUUAUCCAGAAGUGCAUAAAUCCAAAGAAGAAUCAUGUUAUUACUAGAAGGGUGACCAGCAGCUAAUUUCACCAAGAUAUAAGGUAGAUUAAUGAAGUAAAAGUACUAUGCUGUACAUUAUUAAAUUGUUAAACUAAGUAAAUGAAAUCUUACACGCAUAACAAAUGAUAUGUCAAAUGAAUGAAUGUACAAGAUUCAUAUUUGUUGAAAAAACAAGUCUGUCCAAAAAAAGUUUUCACGGAAUAAAAGGUGCAUUGACUAUAUGUAACCACUUUAAAUCUUUAAAUAUGUAAUAAAAGGUUAUCACUACUAUAAAGGGUCGUUAAGUACAGUAGUAAGGAUCUUAUGAUCAAUUUUGCCCUAUAAUCGAUUAUAAUUGAUUAUUUUUCUGUCUCCUUUUACCAGAUUUUAAUUUUUAUGUUCAAGUCUGUAAUUUGUUUCACCUUAUCUUCCACUUUUAUUUAUUGCUUGAAUUACUGUACAUAUGCAUCAAUGCAAUCUAUAUUCCUACUUGAAUGAUUAAACACAUGCAAGCUUGACCAUGUCAUUUGGUUGUUUAAAAAUGAAUCACUUAAACUUCUAUUUAAAGGAAAGUACCGUUCAGUGUGAAUGAUGAGUAUAAACGCUUUAUUUACAUGUUCUUCUUGUCAAUCCGAAUUUAUUUUGUUUUUCAAUCAGAACAAAUUUGGCAGUUGGAAAUCUGAACAUAGUUCGAUCUUUGUUUACCUUAUACAAAAAUACAAUGGCUUAAUGAAGUACAGUUUACAGGCUUGCCCUUCCCAUUUUCUCUUCCAAAACCAAGAUAACCAUGAUUAGAAACUGGACACAAUGUGUAGUACACAACAUGUAAUAUUGAUAAUUCUUGUCAUUUUAACACACCAUGAAUAUGACUAAAACAUAUGCUAUUUUACAGUAAAAAAAUAUCGUCUACUUCAUGACUGUGCUUUUUCUCGGGAAAUUUGUACUUUUAUCUGCAACCAUAAAGACACUUAAACAAUAAAACUGUGCGAUACUUAAAAUUGAAUAAGUGAUUUUGUUAAUAGUUUAUAUCUAUUUUCCUAACACUGCUUUAAGCCUGCUGUUUAAGCUAACUAUGUAGAUUUUGAGUUGUUACAGCAUGAGGUUCACUGAACGUCUUAUUUAUUAUAACAGCGAGUGCUGAUUUUUUUUUCCCACCUGUAUAAUGUCUCCAAAUUUAUAUGCUGACAAACCACCUCAGGCAAACACAUAAAUAUCUAAGACAGAUGUAUCUAUUUAACCUCCCCUGAUAUGUACAUUACUCAUUCUAAUGACUACAUACUUUUUCUAUUAUCUUCACUAUAUUUACUGAAUAAUAUACUUAAAAAAAAUACUAUAAUAAACUGGGACUGUAAGCGUUUCAAGAUAUCAUGACUGAAUUCUGGAGGUAACAAAUCUAUGCUGUGACCAGAGAGUUGGAUUACAAAUAUCACAGUAAAUGCUAAUCUAAUAAGAAACAAAACGUAAGGUUACCUCCAA